GUAUUUCUAUUAGAAUUUGGGAUAAGUUCGUAUAAGAAUGACAACCUUUUAAAUAAAUUUGAAACAGAUUCAAAUAUCUUUUAUUUAAACAGGUUGGAAUUUGAAUAUUAUUAAAUGGACAAGGGUCCAGUGGCUAUUAUUAGAAUGGAUCAAAAUCUUUUCUUUGGGAAGAGACCGAUGAUCUUGACUUUCGAUGGUGUAGGAUUUCAUUUUCAUUUGAUUUCCAGAUUUCAAGGUGGGGUAGGAUUUGUUGAUUUUUUUUUUUUUAUUUUUAGUGAUUCUUUUGCAUAUUUUUUAGUUAAUCUUAAUUUUUUAAUUUAAUUUAAUUUUAAUAUCUUUUAAUUAUAAAUAAGUGGUUUGAUUUAGCAUUUUUUUAUUUUAAUUUCUUAAGAGAAUAAAAAAUCAAAGAGGACCAAAUGUUAUUAAAUCAUUGGUUUGAAUUUUAAAUAUGUUUAUACUGUAAUGGAAAUAUUAAGCAAUUUGGAUUUAAUUGAACUUUUUAGAAAAAACUAAAAGUUAUAUUGAGACCAAACAAAAAAUGAGAGUUUAAUUGUUCUUUCCCAAGGCUUUUUAUACCUUUUGCCUUUUAUUUUGUUUGUUAAGAUUAUAAAAAAUAAAAAAUUUCCUAGUCUUCGUGGUUUGUUUUCUUACAAAAAUCUAAAAAAUUAAAAUUAAAAUCAGAGUCUUCACAGCUUUGCCUUUUUAAAACUAAAAAUUAAAAUCAGGAGACAUAGAAUUACAUGGUGAUUUAUACGGGAUUAUUACAAGUUUCUUUCUCCCAUAUAGAGUUUGCUUCGCAUUAAAGUCUCUGAUUGCUUUUCUUCUUAGAUUAAAUAAAACCCUAAUAGUAGUGACCUGAAGCUGCGAAGAGAGAAGUUUAUUUGUAAAAGUAUUUCAGACAACCUCAAGGCUGGUUGCCGUCUAUCAAACCCAACAAUGGUGUUCGUAAAAAUGAUUGGACUGGAAUUAUAGAACAAUCGUUCCGAUUAUAUGGGUUGAAAACGGUUACCGAUAAUGUAUGUGCAUGGAGGAGGAAGCAUGACAUAUCUAAAAGACAUAGUACCAUCAGCUCAAACCAACAUAAACACACAGUUGAUACUUUUGGACAAAGGCAGGAUAACAAUGGAAGGGCAAAACAAGACAUGCUUGGCCUUGGCGGCUGAUGAGACAGCAGCCGUUCACUUCCAGUUGUGGGGCGAGGAGUGUGAUGCUUUUGAGCCUGGAGACAUUAUUCGCUUAGCCAAUGGUAUUUUCUCAUACAAUAGGAACAAUCUUGUUUUGAGGGCAGGGAAAAGAGGGUCCAUAGAGAAAGUCGGAGAAUUUACUAUGGCAUUUGUGGAGACACCUAAUAUGAGUGAGAUUCGUUGGGUUCCUGACCCUAAUAAUUCUAAGAAAUACGUGCAAGAGGCUGUUAUUUCUACCCAUUCCCGUAUUUUUCCUCGGUUAGAUUAAAUGGUAUAGCGAGCUAUUGAGUAUCUUUCUUUCGAUUUGAUCUUGAUUCAAGCACAUUGUUGAUGCUCAUCUUAAUGUGUAGUGCAGUGAUAUGGUUUUGUUUCUGUCAA